AUGACACGAGAACAGUAUAUACUAGCAACCCAACAGAACAACCUGCCCAGAACUGAAAAUGUACAACUUUACCCUGUGGGAAUUUAUGGAUGGCGAAAGAGGUGCUUAUACUUCUUUGUCCUUCUGCUGUUGGUUACCAUGAUAGUUAACUUAGCCAUGACAAUAUGGAUAUUGAAGGUUAUGAAUUUCACUGUGGAUGGUAUGGGAAAUCUGAGAGUCAACAAGAAAGGAAUCCGACUUGAAGGUAUAUCUGAGUUUCUACUUCCAUUGUAUGUGAAAGAAAUUCAUUCCCGAAAGGAUAGCCCACUGGUUUUACAGUCUGACCGGAAUGUAACAGUGAAUGCAAGAAACCACAUGGGACAGCUCACUGGACAGCUGACAGUCGGAGCCGAGGCUGUGGAGGCACAGUGUAAAAGAUUUGAAGUGAGAACAAGUGAAGAUGACAGGCUGCUGUUUUCUGCAGAUGAAGAUGAGAUAACCAUUGGGGCUGAGAAACUGAAAGUUACAGGCACCGAAGGAGCAGUAUUUGGGCACUCUGUGGAAACACCUCACAUCAGAGCAGAACCGUCCCAAGACCUCAGGCUUGAAUCACCAACCAGAUCCUUGAUAAUGGAGGCUCCUCGAGGGGUCCAGGUGAGAGCUGCUGCAGGUGAUUUCAAGGCAACCUGCAGAAAGGAGCUCCACUUGCAGUCUACAGAGGGGGAGAUAUUUCUAAAUGCUGAUACCAUCCGGCUAGGAAAUCUACCGACAGGCUCCUCGUCUUCUACAGCCAGCUCCUCAAACUCUCGACAGACAGUGUACGAACUGUGCGUCUGUCCCAACGGCAAACUUUACCUUUCUCCAGCAGGAGUAGGCUCCACUUGUCAGUCUAGUAGCAGCAUCUGCUUGUGGAGCUGAAGCGACUGAUUUCUCCUCACACCAGAAAAGCCUUUUGUUCCCGUCCGUCUGCUUCACAGUUCUGCUCGGUUUCCCUUGUGAUCAAUCCGGAGCUUCUUUAAAUGAACCACAGAGCAACUUGUUCCAGCGUCAGCAGGGAUUGGCCUCCACCUUCUCUCGUGAUUCCCCCUACUGCUCAACACAGUGCGACCGAUGCGGCCACGGAAAAUACAUCUUCAGCAGGAAACCUGGAUCAUGACUUUUGCUCAAAAGGGAGAAUAACACAGGUGCCUUUGCUAUGUGAAGUGAAGCACACAGUUUUAGAUUUUUGCAGAACCUGGCUACGAACUGCGCACGUAUACACUACCCAGAUGAAAUCUCCGUAUCCCAUGGCGACAUGAAAACUCUUAACUCCGUCCGAAAACUAACUCUGCAGUCCGAAAGCACAAUUUUCCAUUCAUCUUUUUUGGACGUAAACUUUUAUCCCCGAAUUUUAAAAUUUUGAAGCAUUAUGUAAUGCUUGCUUUACUAAAAAUUAAAUUCAAUACAUGGUUUUUAACAAAACGAAACAAGAUAAGACAGAAUCUCUCCCUGA